AUGGACCAAUUAGAGGGGAAGCAGUGGAAAGUUGUAUCACGCCUCAGUGGGGGGCGUUUUUCGGAUGUGUUUAAAAUUGAACGAGUUGUAGAAGGGAAGGAAUCGGAGUUAAGAAUGGGGGAACCGGUGAACUAUUCCAUUUUUGCCUUAAAAGUAGUUGAUCCCGAUGAAUGUAAGCCGCCUCACAACAUUAGGAACGAAAUCCAAAUACUGCAGAAAUUGGAAGAGCACAGAAGACGUAGUCCAACCAGACGCACCAAUAACGUCGUGACAUUAGUCGAUGUUAUUUACAACAAUGUGGAGUAUGGAUUGAUUUUCCCCUACUAUGAUUUAUCAUUGACGGCAUAUAUCAAGAAAAACAUUAAAACACGUUCUAAGUUCAACCUCGAUGGCAGCAUUUCACCAGAAAGGAUCAACAAUGUCCCCAUUGCUACAACCAAAAGUUUGCUCUAUGGUAUUCUAAAUGGGCUCUCUUGGAUACACGAUCUGGGGAUUAUCCACAGAGACAUCAAUCCCAACAACAUUUUACUAGCCAAUGACAAGGAAAUAUCACCAGUCAUUAUAGAUUUUGGUAUCUCUUACGAGGAACCCGAUAACAAUGGCCUGGAAUCCUGUAACAUGAAGUUCACAGAUAUUGCAACAGGAUUCUAUAAAGCCCCAGAACUACUCCUAUCUAAAAGGGACUAUUCAAAUAAAGUUGACAUAUGGGCAGUAGGUAUCCUAAUGACUUUACUGUUGAGUGAAGACGGUAGGGAAGUUUUCGAUCCGGAUGCAACAAAUAGUGACUUGGUAUUACUUUCCAACAUUAUAUCUGUUUUCGGAUCACCUCCAACUGAUUGGUCGGAUUGUGUGGGGUUAUCUUCCUUUGAAGCAAUGAAUACGACGUUUUUCAAAAAACCGGCAAAACCUUUGGAAGAGAUUAUUCCCAGGUUGUUCAAAAACCCACACCUUCCCGAAUUUGGUCCGUUGAGAAAACUAUUCGUUGGUUUGACCCAAUACGAGAAUAAACACAGGUUAAGUGCAGCCGAUGCGCUCAAGCUUCUUUGCUAA